GCAAUAGCCAGACGAAGCUUAGCUCAGCUCGCCUCUCGCCCUCUUCUUGCCAGUCCCAAGUGAGCUGGAGAUGGAGAGGUAACACAGCAACGUGAACGAGACAAGAGGAAUGGAGAGUAUCUCCUGUGCUGGAUGCAAACGCUAAAACAUCUGCACAUCAUCCUGGUUCAAGAGGAAAGGGGAGACGGAGUUGGGGGGGAAGAACAUUGAACGUUGAAUCGAAGCAGCCCCUUUUGGAUGGCCCCAUCUAUCAAAGCAACAAAAGUUGAAAGCCUCGAAUCUGACCUCGCGCUGACCACACAAACCUUACAGGAUGAUGUCUUCAAAGGAAAAGCAGAAAAAGAAGCUCCCAAAAGACAGCAUGACCCUACUACCGUGCUUCUAUUUUGUCGAGCUUCCAAUUGUCGCCUCGUCCAUCGUCACACUUUACUUCCUGGAGCUGACGGACCUCUUCCGACCGGCCAGGGUGGGCUUCCAGUGCUUCGACCGCUCGCUCAGCAUGCCCUACGUGGAGUCCAGCGAGGAGCUCAUCCCCUUGCUGAUGCUCCUCAGUCUCGCAUUCGCAGCCCCCGCAGCUUCUAUUAUGAUUGGAGAAGGGAUUGUAUACUGCUGUCAAUCAAAACUGAAGAACAAGGAGGGUUCGGAGGGCAGUAUCAAUGCGGGAGGCUGUAACUUCAACUCCUUCCUGAGACGCACUGUCAGGUUUGUGGGUGUCCAUGUGUUCGGUCUCUGUGCUACUGCCCUUGUGACAGAUGUCAUACAAUUGGCAACAGGUUACCACGCCCCCUUCUUUCUGACUGUGUGUAAACCCAACUACACGCUCCUCGGCAUGGCAUGUGACACCAACCCCUACAUCACCCAGGACAUUUGCUCUGGGCCAGACCAUCACGCCAUUGUCUCCGCAAGGAAGAGCUUCCCUUCCCAACAUGCCACCAUCUCCGCCUUUGCCGCUGUUUAUAUCUCGAUGUAUUUUAACUCCACGAUAUCGGACUGCACCAAACUGCUGAAGCCGGUGCUGGUGUUCGCCUUUGCGAUUGCCGCGGGUAUCUGCGGGCUGACCCAGAUCACCCAAUACCGCAGCCACCCCAUAGACGUGUACGUGGGGUUCGUCAUCGGAGCUGGCGUGGCUGCAUAUUUGGGUUUUCACGCUGUGGGCAAUUUCAAAGCUUCAGAAGAUUCAGUCCCCACCAGAGCUCCUGCGAGCGACGGGCUCAGACCCCUGACCCAUCUCCGGCACGACUCCGUCUACCAGCAGAGCAAGUCCAUCAGCAAUGAUGAAUUGAGUCCCCAGCCCAGGCUCGACAGCCUCAACCACCACGCACAGCGAGAGAAGAACUCCCUGAACAGCCUCAAGCGGGCGAGUGUCGAUGUGGAGCUGUUGGCUCCUCGCAGCCCGAUGGGCAAGGAGAACAUGGUGACCUUCAGCAACACCCUGCCCCGGGUCAACACACCAAACCUGGACGAGGCCGCCAGGCGACACAUGACCAUCCAUGUCUCCAUGGACGCCUCCCGCUCCAAGCAGCUCAUCUCCCAGUGGAAGCAGAAGUCCCUCGACGGAGGCUCCCUUGACCGCGACCCGUCCAUCAGCCAAUCCCAGCCUCACAUGAGGACGGUCCUGGAGGCCUGCGACGGAGAGAUGGACCAAGAUGAGCCCAUCCCCUCGUCCCUCUACCCCACAGUCCAGGCCAGAAGCGGGGAAAGGGGUGCCGGGGCGCGGGUGAUGAUCCAGGCCAGACCCGGGUCCUCGCAGUUGGUCCAUAUCCCCGAGGAGACCCAAGGGUCGGUCAGCACUUCGCCCAAGAGUAACUCGGCUCGGGCAAAGUGGAUGCUGAUGGCGGAGAAGGGUGGUGUUCCCCGGCCCAAUAACCAGCCGAGGAUCAUGCAGGUCAUCGCCAUGUCCAAGCAGCAGGGAAUCACAGUCACUCCCAAACACUCCGAGGGUUCCAGCAGCUCUGAUUCCUCCCACUACAGAUCGCCCUCGGAACGGGAUUCCUCCAGCAUGGUCACCGUGGACGCCCACGGCUCCCACCCCAUCGUCCACAUCUCUUCUGGGAACGGUGGGGUCGGAUCCUGGGAGUGGAAGUCUCCGCAGAGCAGCGGUGGAGCUGACCUGCAUGAUGCCUAUGAGAUGAACGACCUGAACAGAGACUACAGAAGCUUCAGAUCUGCUACGGGGAGCGGUGUCUCUCCAGGCUCCUCCGCCAGCGACCUGGAGCAGGAGGACACCCGCUUCUGCAGUGUGGCCACCAUCAACGUGACAGGGGCCGAGAGGGGAGAGACUAACUCUGACACCUUGACCAUCACCUCCAGCCGGGACUCAACGUUGAGGAGAAAGCCCAACACCAUAUUUAUAGGGGAUCGAGAAUCCAGCACAGACAGUGAUCAGGACAAUUACUACAAGAAGCUUCAAGCCAACAGGAGGUUCAAGGACUGAAGACGUCCCUUCAUCCCGAAAGACAUUCCUUGUAGAUAGCUUAUUGGGACAUUGAGAGUACCGACUAUCUACAAGGCCUUGCUUUUGAGAGUUUUGAUCUUUGGAAUGGAUUUUCUUCUCCCAUUGGACCAUAAGGAUUGAGUGGUAAAGCCAAGGAAAUUCUGUUUGAAUACAUCGACCAACUCUGGUUUGUACAUUCUACAAGGCUAAACUUGGGGAGGGUUUACUUAGGAUUGAACUUCAGAAACUGGUGGUCUUGAAGCUAUCUUCAACGAUGCCAGCAUAAAAAUAACAAUCCUUUCAUUUGAUAAUUUGGC